AUGCGCCGCUCCUCCCGCUCCAAGCCCGACAACGAGAACGAGAACGCGGACUCCAACCAUCCGGCGAAGCGCGCUCGCUUCGAGAAGAAGAGCGUAGACAAGCCGCUCCCGGCGGCGUGGCUGCCGGCUGUUGGCGAGCCACUGCUUGCGAGGUUUGAGGCAUCAAAACGUGGCGGCGCCGUCGGAACAAAGUGGUACCCUGGCACGGCGACCAGGGUGCAUCCCGAUAACACCGUCGACGUUGAGUACGACGACGGCGACAUUGAAGAGCGCGUGCUGCCAAAGUUCUUCAAACCGCGCGGAGCAGAGGCAGGGGAGGCGGGGCCCUUGGAGGCGGUCCGCAUCCGCCUGCGAGGUGCGGCGACGAGCACCAACCCCGCAGCACAGGACGAGGUGGCGGGGGCGGCCAAGGCGGAGGCGGAGGCGGCAGCCGAGGCGGCGGCGAAGGAGGCGGCGGAGGCAGCGGCAAAGGAGGCGGAGGCGGCGGAGGAGGCGGCGGAGGCGGCGGCGAAGGAGGUGGCGGCGAAGGUUGCGGCGGCGAAGGAGGCUGCGGCGAAGGAGGCUGCGGCGAAGGAGGCGGCGGCGAAGGUUGCGGCGGCGAAGGAGGCUGCGGCGAAGGAGGCUGCGGCGAAGGAGGCUGCGGCGAAGGAGGCUGCGGCGAAGGAGGCUGCGGCGAAGGAGGCGGCGGCGAAGGAGGCGGCGGCGAAGGAGGCGGCGGCGAAGGAGGCGGCGGCGAAGGAGGCGGCGGCGAAGGAGGCGGCGGCGAAGGAGGUUGCGGCGAAGGAGGCUGCGGCUGUGGACGAGGAGCCGACCGUCUUCGUGCAGUGCGACAAGUGCGACAAGUGGCGGCGGCUGCGCACCGCCGUGCUGCCGUCGUCUCUCCCCGGGAAGUGGGAGUGCGCGCUGAGCGACGACCCGAUGCGCAACCGGUGCCGCGCGGCGGAGGAGGAUUGGGAGGAGGGGGAGGAGAGCGACGAGGAGGAGGCGUACGAGGACCUCUCCCUCGCGCGCGCGCAGGCCGCCGCCGAGAAGGCAGCCGCCAAGGCCGACAGGGCUCGCCGCCAGAGCGCAAAGGGCGCAGGCGGCGCUUCCUCCUCCGCCGGCGCCGCCGCCCGCGAGACGAUCGACUUGUGCGGCGAGGAGGACGCGCCCUUGAGCCAGAUGAUGAGCCAGAUGACCGCCGAACAGCAGGCGCGGCUCGCAUCGGACGGGUUCGUGCUGCUGCCUGAGCCGGCCGUGUGGGAGGGGCUCGAGCUGCUGACGGCGACCGACGGCUCGGGGCUCGGCAGAGGCCGCGACGCGCAGGGCGGGCGGGGGUACGACUCCCUCAAGCUGGCGCGUGCGUGGCGGCUCGAGCACGCGGACAACCGGACCGCCUUCGAGUCGGGCGUCGCCAAGGUCAAGGCCCAGAUGGCUCGCAUCGUGCAGCAGCAGCGCGGCAAGCCGGCGGCGCAGCGCAGCAAGGCUGCGCAGACGGCGGCGGCGGCGGCGGCGGUGCUGCCUGGCAAGCCGUUGCGCCGCGAGGUGAACGAGGCGCUGCUGCUGCACGGCACGCAGCCGGGCGCGCUGUUGUCUAUGCUCGCCAACGGACUCAACGAGCGCUUCUCCGGCACAAACGCGGGCACCGCCUUUGGCAACGGCGUCUACCUCGCCGAGGACCUCGGCAAGAGCGACCAGUACGUCGAGUUGGACGAGCGGCUCUCUGUGUCGUCCGAGCUGCACCAGCGCCUGUACGACUCGUCGCAGCGCCACCCGGGUAACGUCUACUACGCCCUCGCAUGCCGCGUCGCGCUUGGCCACUCGGUGCGCACGCAGCAGUCGGGCGAGCGAGCCGUGUCGAUGGACACGCGCAAGCCCAUCUUCCCGAACGGCAACACGCGCGAGCUGAGCGUCGUCGACGGCGUCUCUCCGCCCGUCUUCCACCACUCCCUCCUCGCCGAGCUCGGCGGCGCGCUCCUCCGCUACCGCGAGUUCGUCACCUUCCACGGCGAAUACGUCUACCCGGAGUUCCUCAUCGCCUACCAGCGUUGCUCGGGCGGGGCGCCGCUCCAGCGGCAGCACCUCGCGCCACCUCCCGCUCCCAGGGUUGUCGCCGCGACCGUGACUGCCACCGCAGCCGCGCCCUCCUACCAGCUCCCCGCCUCCACGCCAGCGCCGCCGCGACCAAAGCCCAAGCCCAAGCGCGCCAAGAAGGCGAAGCCGCCAAAGGACUAUUCGGCGCUGAUGCGCCACGGCGGCGGCACCUGGCUCGCCGACGCCCACAAGCACAAGGCGGCCGCGCAGAGCUGCGGCGCGCGCUGGGACUCGCUCAAUGGCAUGCUCUACGCGCCCGCGAGCGCGAACCUCUCCUCUUUCCGGCAGUGGCUCCCAAAGGGGGCGAUCCCGCAGCUGAGCGCGCCUUGCUCGCUCGAGCGGCUGCGGCGCAAGGGCGGCGGCACGCUGCUCGACGUGCCGUUCGACGAGAAGGACGAUGCCAAGGCGGCGGGCGCGCGGUGGGACGGCGACGAGAAGAAGUGGUACGUCGUCGAGCAUGCGAGCUCGUUCGCCGCGUUUGAGAGGUGGCUACCGCCCGGUACGGUGGCGGCGCUCGAGGACGAGGCGAAGGCGGCGGCGGCGAAACGGCUGGCGGACGCGCAGGCGGCAUGGCAGCAGCAGCAGGCGCAGCAGCAGGCGCAGCAGCAGGCGCAGCAGCAGGCGCAGCAGCAGGCGCAGCAGCAGGCGCAGCAGCAGGCGCAGCAGCAGGCGCAGCAGCAGGCGCAGCAGCAGGCGCAGCAGCAGGCGCAGCAGCAGGCGCAGCAGCAGGCGCAGCAGCAGGCGCAGGCCGAACUCGCCAGGAUGCAAGCCGCCGCGCAGGCGCGGACAGCGGCGCAGCAGCCGCCGCCGGCGCAGCCACCUCCCUCGCAGCGCGAAGCGUCCCCGGCAGUACACGCGUGGCCGUACCAGCCGUCUCUGCCACAGCAGCACCGGCCGGCGCCACCGCAGCAGCACUUGCCUCGGAUGUACCCUCCUCCCCAGCAGCACCAGCCGCCUCCGCAGCAGCAGUACGCCCCUCCGCCGCAGUACGCCCCUCCACCGCAGCAGUACGCUCCUGCGUCCGCCCCCUUCCGCACGUUCCUGACGACGCCCUUCGCGCAGAAGGACGACUGCAAGGCGAUGGGUGGGCGGUGGGACCCGGAGCGGAGGGCGUGGUAUGUGCCGGCCGGCCUCGUUCUCACGCCCUUCCUGCAGCGGUGGGGCCAGCGGCACGACCUCAACGCGCAGCGGGUGCCGUGAGGCGCCGGAGGCCUUGCGACGGUAGAAGGCGAGCGGGGAUGAAGGCGUGUCUCCUGACAGAGGCGGUGCCCCCCCCCCCACACUACACACCACCAUGUUUAGCGGAUCUCGCGCAAGGAGGACUCCGGCGAAAUGCGAGAGGCGCCGGGGCUUGUCAGGGAGGAUAGGAGAGCGUUUGCGAGCCAGGGCUGGCGCGGCGUGGUGGAUGCCGUACUCCGAUACAUUUUCAUGUGCGCAGUGCGGGACCGGGCGGUGCGGGAUACUAGCGCUGUCCGGCUGUGGGCUGAGCCCUGAGCGGUGCAUCUGGAAGCAUACAUCUAUAGUAUUUUC